GAAGUCACGUGACCUAACUGGGAAUUCUGUCAUGUGAUGGUACCGUUUGCAGCGACGCGCUUUACAGUCAACAGACGAGAAAAACGAAAAAGCGCUUCAGAGACGAAAAGCUCCCACAGAGAAGAGGUUAAACCUGCUUGACGGCGGUCAUGGGGUGCUGUUUCAGCAGCGAUAGCGAAACAUCGGAGCAGAACGAAGAGGUGAAGCCAUUGAUUCCCGACCCAAACUUAGACAGAAAACCCACCAAUGGCUCGGAGCGAAACGCAGACAGCCUGCCGUCCAACCGUACAGAUGAACAGGCCCUGCUCACGACCAUCCUGCAGCGGACCGCUCUGAACAUAAUCGAUGUGUCGGCUGUUGAUUCUCAAGGCAUGGAGCAACAUGAAUACAUGGACAGAGCCAGACAGUACAGCACCAAACUGGAGGUGUUGAGCAGAACGCUGUCUCAAAAGAAGCCUGUUCCUCUCCCGUCACUGACCAGUCAACCUCACCAGGUGCUCGCCGCUGACCUGGUCCCCCACGCAGAUGUACAGCAGGUUUCUAAGAUCGCUGCGUACGCCUACAGCGCCAUCUCACAAAUCAAAGUAGAUGCCAAGGAAGAGCUAGUGGUACAGUUUGCUAUACCAUGAUUCAAAAGCUGGACCUCCUUCCUCCCCAGUUCCACUGUUUUUCUCUCUUUCUAGCCCUUUCACUUCUCCCAAACUUCUUGAGAUGCAGACACUUGUGUCUUUAUUCUCUGAAGGCCCUGCAGAUAAAUAUAAUUCACCCCAAACAGAGCUCCUUGUGUAAAUCCGUCAUCCCAGAGGGUAGAAACAUCUGAUCUACUAUCUUUGCUUUGACGAGAUUUUCAUGCAUUAAUCGAAUCCGUUUUCACCAAAACGAUUGCUUGGGUGAGAUUUUGUUUAGUUUUAUCCGUUCUUAUUGAUUCUUCUUCUCUUGGCUUUUCAGUUUCCUGCUUAUUUGGAGAUUGUUAAACCAAGUAGCACAUCCAGACUUCUCAAUUAUUGUUGUACUAAAGUUAAUUAUAUAUUUUCUCUGUGUGCCUGGGUCAUCUUAACACACAGGUUAUGGUGGAUUCUCCUGUAGUGUUCUUCAAUCACUGUGGUCUAGACUUCGUUAUUUCUAAUUCAUUCUCAU